AUGCUCCCGUUAACUCACAAGGAUUCACGGGGAAUCGGUUAUCGAUUACGUGAAAAGAUUAACAGCAUCAGCCGGCUCAUACUCUCCGAUCGCAAUUCGCGUAAUUUAUUCUUUUUUCUGUUGUUGAAUCUUAGUUUUGCAUUCGUUGAGCUCAUGUACGGCAUAUGGACAAAUAGUUUAGGUCUGAUCUCGGAUUCGUUUCAUAUGUUCUUUGAUUGUACUGGACUGCUUGCUGGCUUAGCCGCGUCCGUAAUUACAAAGUGGCGUGCGAAUGAAAAGUAUUCGUACGGCUAUGUCCGGGCCGAAGUAUUGGCAGGUUUCGUUAACAGCCUGUUUCUGCUAUUUAUUGCUUUCUUUAUAAUGUCCGAGGCAGUUGAGCGAGCCAUCGAACCUCCUGAAGUGAAACACGAAAGAUUAUUUGUCGUAUCCGUGCUGGGAUUGUUAGUUAACCUAGUCGGUAUUUAUGCAUUCCAACACGGCGGACACGGACAUUCCCAUGGGGGUGGUGGCAGCCACGGACAUUCGCACGGUGGCGGCGGUGUAAAUCAUGGACACUCCCACGGUGGUGGAAUUAACCAUCACAGCCACGAUACCCACCAUCUGCUGUCGAACCAUAAUGACCACCAUGGACAUUCACACGGAACGGGAAAUGAUAAUCAUCACAGCCACGGUCAUGGUGAAAUAGUUUCUACAAAUUCGCAAAUCAUGCGAGGCGUCUUCCUGCAUAUCCUGGCUGAUACACUUGGCUCCGUUGGCGUCAUCAUCUCAGCCGUAUUGAUGCAACUGUUUGGUUGGAUGCGAGCCGAUCCGAUCUGCAGUAUGUUUAUUGCGCUUACAAUCGGGGUCAGCACGCUUUCGUUGAUCAAGGAAUCGGUCAUGGUACUCAUGCAACGGCAACCAGAGGCGCUGGAUCGCUUACUGCCAUCAUGCUAUCAGAAAGUGACUGGUUUAGCGGGUGUGUAUAGUGUACAAGAGCCACAUUUCUGGACCUUGUGCACCGACGUGUACGUUGGUGUCAUCAAACUUGAGGUAUCGAAAAACGUUGAUCCUAAAUACGUGCUGCAGCAUACACGUAUGAUUUUCGAAGCGAUAGGCGUUCGGCAGAUCAACAUUCAGCUUGAUUACACCGCAAUGUGAUAAACCCAAAGUGUGAAGCUGAGAAGUGGAACGGGAUGUGAACUGCUGCGCGAAGCCAGAAACUCGCCCAUCGAUUUAAAAGGAUCGAUUCUGGCGAUUUUUUCCUUGUCCAUCUUCAUUUCCUCCCGUACUUUUUUCUACCUCUACUCUUUUCCUCUCUGGUCAGAGUUUUGCAUUUCCGUUUCCAUUUUUAAUUUUUUGUACCACCUAGUGGGAGAAGUAUUGCUAACAAACAUUUCAGAAGUAUGAGUAAGGAUACAACAUAAGUUAAGUGUUUUACAAAACUACUACUUACUUCGUUAGAAGAUGCCAGACUGCAAUUGGGACUUGCAGUCCUUUAAUACAAAAAGUCCUGUUCUGUGGCUUUUAUGUUACGAAAGAUGUCAAAAGCCAAAACUAGGAGCAACACUAUCCUGAUAAAACGGUCAAUGUUUUGCAUGUUCAUUGAACAUAAACGAUUCAAGUAAAACAUUGUAAUACGCGCCUACCCUUUCCUAUGCUAUGUCACCGAGAGAAAAGUACUGAAGGGCGAAAAAUGCGAUAGCGCUACAAUAGUUUAUGCCUAGUUAAG